CCUAUGGCCAUCCCCGCCUUUCCUCGGUCCCGCCUCCUUUUGGUGGCGGUUGGAAUUUGAAUCCUGGCCGGUGCCGGCACCUAUGGCAUUUGGUGUACAGGGGUGAGCUCGCGCCUAACGUGGACUCGUGCAGGGAGCGGGGAAGUUAGGGUCUCUUUUUCCAGGUGAUCAAGUGCCCCAUCUCUGGGGGUGGUUGGGAGGGUUGUUAUUGUUUCCAUCUGGGUCCGCAUCCGGCUCAGCCACACACCCCCUCCCCCCCAUGUCGAGCCCGGGGCCGCGGUGCCCGGUGCGCGAGCAGCGAGCCCGCUGGGAGAGGAAGCGAGGUCGUACGGCGCGAGAGCUGCUGGAGACGGAGCUGCGCUACCAGGAGCAGCUGGGGCUGGUGGUGCAGUACUUUUUGUGCAUUUUGAGAGCUAAAGGGACCCUGCGACCAGCUGAGCUUCAGGCUGUGUUUGGACCCUGGGAAUCCAUCCAUAUUGCCAGCCAAGAGCUGCUUCUGCAUCUGGAGGCUGGAAACUGGGGAGUGGGCCUAGAAAGAUUCAGCCACCACUUGGAACUCUACACUCGAUUUGCUGCCAAUGAGGAGCAGUCUGGGGCCACUCUGCAGAAGUGCCUAAGGAAGAAGAGUUUCAGAAAGUUUGUGCAGCUUCAGGAGGGGCGUCCUGAGUUUGGGGGCCUACGUCUAACAGACCUACUGCCCUUACCACUGCAACGUCUCCAACAAUGUGAAAACCUGGUUGUAGCUUUGGCUGAAAAUACUGGUCCUGACAGCUCAGACUAUCAACAGCUUACAAGGGCUGCUCAGAAGUUGAGUGAGGCCGUCCAGAAGGUUAGUGCCAUUCGUAGAGAACAGGAGAAUGGCCGGCAGCUCCAUCGUAUUCAGACUUUACUCAGUGGCCGUCGGGCUAAAGGUCUAACCAAAGGUCGUUGGUUCCUUCGGCAGGGCUGGCUACUAGUGGUUCCCCCUAAGGGGGAGCCAAAGUCUCGAAUGUUCUUCCUUUUCUCUGAUGCACUUUUGAUGGCCAAGCCUCGGUCUGUGUUACAUAUCCUGCAUGGAGGGACCUUUGCUUGUCAGGCCCUUUACCCCAUGGCCCAGUGUCGGCUCCAAAGGAUCUUUGGUCACUCAGGGGGAGCAGGGGGUGGACUGCUCAGUCUUUCUUUUCCUCAUGAAAGGCUGCUGCUCAUGUCUGAGGAUCAAGAGGCACUGUCCCGUUGGCACCGUAGCCUGACUAUAGCUAUCAGCAGCCACACAAGGUAGAAGAGCACCGUACAGCUGUUUUGUGUUAGAUAUAGGACGUCUACUCUGGAGCCUCAGCACCCCUAGGAUGUUUGGCUGGCCACUAUUUAAGAAUAGGCUGAUGUGUGUAUGAUAGAUG